UAGAAGGUAGUGGAGGGAUUACGCUAUUCGUCAGUUGCGAGUUUCAACUUUCAACUGAUUGGCGAAGCGGGGAGUCAUGGAAGCUAAUUCAUCUUCGUUUAAGAUAAUUUUGGGAUCAUCUUCAGUGGCGCGUAGGAAAAUAUUAUCUGAGAUGGGUUAUGAAUUCACAGUUAUGUCUGCAGAUAUUGAUGAGAAAGCCAUACGCAAAGAAAAGCCGGAAGAGUUGGUUGUGGCUCUUGCAGAGGCAAAGGCUGAGGCCAUCAUAUCCAACUUACAAAAGAAUCAUACACAUGAAGAGGAAGCAGAUCCCACAAUUUUGAUUGCUGCUGACACAGUGGUGAUCUAUGAAGGUGUCAUCAGAGAAAAACCAGCUGGUAAGGAGGAAGCACGACAAUUUAUGAAAGAUUAUUCAGGAGGGCAUGCAGCGACACUUGGAUCUGUAUUUGUUACAAAUCUUAAAACAGGAUUUAGGAAAGGAGAAUGGGAUCGUGUAGAGAUCUUCUUCCACGAAAUACCUGAUGAAGUCAUCGACAAGCUGGUCGAGGAGGGGAAUGUGCUCAAUGUUGCCGGAGGGCUGAUUAUCGAGCAUCCUUUCAUUUUACCCUAUGUGAAAAAAGUGAUACUUACGGGCUUUGGAUCUCUGCAGGUCGGGACGACAGAUAGUGUGAUGGGCCUUCCCAAGGCUCUGACUGAGAGACUCUUGAAGGAAGCCAUUUAGGUGCGCUAUGGACAAUAUCGCAUUUGACCCUUAACUUAUUUUGAAUAAAUUAUUCUCGCAUUCGUUGGACUUGGGUAACAAUCGGCUAUUAUUUGAAUUAGCAUUGUUAUUCUGGUUGUAGGGACGUUCAUUUCCACACAGAAAAGCUAAUUGGUCGUACAAGUAUUAUG